AUGGCCAAAUAUCAGCGAGAAGUGAUGUCCCGACGAGGCGUCGUCGACAUCGUGAAUGACAUCGGAAUCGACGUCACCAUUUCCACCGUAACUCUCAUUUAGUCCUUCAUAACGACCUCUUCGAAAUUCCAUAGGAAAAGGUCGUCGAGGGGAUCACAGUAAUCGACGGACACUUCCGAAGUCCACACGCUUUCCUUUUCCCUGACCAAAUGCCUGGCCCAGUUGGCUGGGCUCAUUUCCGAGCAUUUUUCCCGCGCCAAGCAGCUCCCAUGUGCAUUCAUCUGGCCGGCACUGGCGACCAUUCCUAUGUGAGGUCACCAAAAGUCCCAAAUAUUCAAGAAACUGUCGGAUUUAAGACGUGAUAUUGGGCUGGUGAAAGAUUUGUUGAAACACGGGAUCGGCGCCAUUCUGGUGCAGAACCCCUUCUACGGAGACAGAAAACCGCCGAACCAGUUUCGCUCUUCGCUGGAAAAUGUGUCCGACCUUUUCGUGAUGGGCGGUGCUCUCAUCUCCGAGUGCAACCUACUGAUCAACUGGGCUCAGCAGCGAGGUCAUGGCCCCUUCUGCAUUUCUGGGGUUUCCGUGUGUUUUUUCUCUUCUCGUCAAUCGCCAGCCGUUCAGAUCUCGAUGGGAGGCUUCAUGGCGUCUUUGGCGGCGACUAACGCUCUUCAACCCGUUUCCGUCGUCCCGAUUCUCUCCUGGACUACCGCCUCUCCCGCUUACACCCGCGGUUGGUCCCCUCUUCAGGGAUAAUAGUAAUUUUUCAAAGUCGAAGAAAAUUAUGUUCACAAUAGCGGCUUUACCUAUACCUUAAACCUAGAUUUUUAGAGCAACGAAAUUAACUAAAAGUCACUUUUUACUGAAAUUUAUCAAUUAUACUCGAAUAAUUUUGUAUCAUAUCAAAUAAAACUCGAAAAUACAUUUGAAAAUAUCCCAAUUCAACUAAAUUUCAAAAAUUUCGUACUAGCUUCAGCUAAAAAGCCAAAAACUCUACUUUUUUGAAAUUCAGACAUUUCAAAGUUAUCUACGCUUACAACUGUAUGCAAUUCGAAUCAAUUCAUCAUUUCAAACCGUCAAAAAAUUCAAAAGAUGACUAUAACAAAAGGCUUCCGAAGUUCCGCAAAAUGGUCGUCGAUUGCAGGCGCCAUUGCCCCAGCCGUGAAGUUCCAGAAGCUCCAGGCGCAGCUGGAGGACCGAAGCUACGUCGAGAAACUAAAGCGGAUCCCCAACGUCGACUGGAUCGAACAGAUGGUAUCGGGUCCUCGAUAGCAGAUUGUACAAAGGUCUCAGCACGAACUGAGCGCCAAGACGGGCGACACGCUGGCCGUCUCGCUGAUGUGCGUCCUCAUGGACCACUUCACCUGUCUCAGCAAUUAUCCGACGCCGCUCGACACCUCGCUCUGCCACGCGAUCGUCGCCGAGAACGACCAGUACGUCUUGCGGACCGGAGCCCCCCAUUUCGAGGUUGCAAGCCACGUCUUCGUUCUUGCAACGAAGUUUCAGGACGUCUGGCCCGGCAUGACCGUCGAGGUGAUCCCCGGCGUCGGCCACAUCACCGGCUACUUCCUCAAGCACAGUAACUUCCGUCAACGCAUCGCGCAGCUCCUGGAGCGACAGAUCCGCUCGGAGGGCAGUGCUCCGCCGCAGGAAAUCAUAUCCAAAUAG